AUGGAGGUAGACGGCGUUGGAGGAGGUGCGGGGUCGGUGAGCACGGUCCCACCCGCGCAUUCUACGCGAGCGCAGCAGAGGAAGGCGGCGAAGGAGACGAACAGCAAGAUCGUAGGCGGAAGGGGUCGUGAUAUCGAUCAAAAGUUGAAUUUCAUACUGAAGACGAUCUUGAGCUCGAAUCAUGCGGUCAAACAGCUUCAGGAGGGUCAGGAUGAUAUGAGAAGGCAAAAUGAAGAGAUGCGCAAACAGAACGACCCGAACCAGCUUCUGGGUGUGAACAUCGACCUGUCCAGGUGCAGCAGCCAAAUACCGACAGACACAGCAGAGAUCAAGCGCCUACUAACAACAGCUCUGCACGCCCAUCAAGCAACAAAGGAGGUAAACCCAACGGCAAUCAUUAAGACUAACAGAGACCUCCACCGGAUUAGAGUCAUCGUGCGGAGCGAGAAGGAAGCCGAGCUCAUCCGCAGCCAGCCGCAGUGGCUUGAGACUCACCUCAGAGGAGGGCGCUUGCGGGGCGAACAGUGGUAUCCCAUCAAAGUCGAUCGGGUCGACAAGCUCAAGAUCAUGAACGAAGAACGGACGGGCAUCCGGGCCGGCCUCGAGAAGGAGCUAAGUCGAGAAAACAAAGUAACAGUCAUGAGGAUCGCCACGUUAGGCAAGCUGGCGACCCACAAGCUCUAUUGUUCCAUCAUAGUGUAUCUGAAGAAGAAGGAAGAUGCUGAACGAUUGCUCAAUGACAGGAUCAUGACAGUGUGUGCUGAGGCAGGCUUCACGGCUACAUACGAGUACAGGCCGAGAGUCACGCGCUGCUUCAACUGUCAAGAACGGAAAGAAACGCUAUGGAGUGUUCUCAACGACGAAGCUAUGAGAGGAGUGGGAGCAAUCUUGAUAUCAGAACCGAACUGCUUUCUCAUAGAAAAGCAGCGGCUGAUGCCGUCACCGGUCCACCACCCAGAAUGGGUCCCGAUUCUUUCUUCCACAUAUACCGGGGAGUGGCCAUUCGUUAGGAGCAUGAUCUGGAUCAAUCGGAGGUUCCAAGCGUCACCGGUCCCCGUGGCGUCUCCGGACCUUACGGCAGCAUCGGCGAGAAUAGGCGAUAGGGUGAUCCUUAUUGCAUCUGUAUACAUCCCCCGAAUAGGAAACUCGCCGCAAGAGCCGGAAUCAGCCCUCAGGCUCAGGCUUAGCCUACUACGGCAAGCGAUCGAGGAGGUGCGGCAGCAGAACGGGGAAGAAGCCGAGCUGGUGGUAGCGGGUGACUUCAACAGGCAUGACCAGCUGUGGGGCGGUGAUGUCGUGGGCACGGGUAGUCGCCAAGGAGAGGCGGACGCUAUCUCCUUCUCCAUCCUCGCUCUCGCAGUGGCCAUCCUUGGACCUAUUUGCAGCGCAGCACCUGUGCAAGCACCGAACUCCACCGAAUCCGAAGUCCACGCCAUCGCGCUGGCCACCCGCGGCGCCGGAAGCGUGCGAUACCGUGGCUCCUGGACUGACGGCGCAUUCCGCCGUUACCGCUUCACCUUCUCCGGUGUCUCCGAAGGCAACUUUGGCCAGGACUUCCUGAACAGCAUUAGAGCCGAAGGCGGCAUCACGCACAAUUGGCAGUGCUAUCAGGAUGGGAACGGCGUCUGGACCUUUGACGAUAGCGAGGCCUGGGGGAUUGCUGGUGCGACUAUCAUUGGGGAUGCGGUUAAGAGAGUGACAGGCCAGAGCUGCCAGGAUGUCGGGUAUGCGGUUGGUCGUAGUGUUGAGAACUGCCACGUUAUCAAUCAGUCUGGAUGUCUCUGUGAGAUUUGA